GAGCGGCUCUUAAAGGGGCCGCUGCGCGGCCUGGGCCCGGGCGGUGCCCGCGGGUCCCGCGGCCGCAUGAGCCGCGGGCGGGGGGCGCUGUGCCGGGCCUGCCUCGCGCUGGCCGCGGCCCUGGCCGCGCUACUGCUGCUGCCCUUGCCACUGCCCCGCGUACCGGCGCCGGCCCCCGCCCCUGCCAGGGCUCCCAGUCUGAGCCCCGGCCGGCGGGCAUCCCCCGCCCGACCCGCCUCCGUCCCCCGCCUGCGGCCGGACGACGUCUUCAUCGCUGUCAAGACCACCCAGAAGAACCACGGGCCACGCCUGGGGCUGUUGCUGAGCACCUGGAUCUCCCGGGCUCGCCAGCAGGUUGUCUCUCCCCAGACGUUCAUCUUCACGGACGGGGAUGACCCUGAACUGCGACUCCGGGCAGGCAGCCACAUCAUCAACACCAACUGCUCGGCCGUGCAUACCCGCCAGGCCCUGUGCUGCAAGAUGGCCGUGGAGUAUGACAAGUUCAUCGAGUCCGGACGCAAGUGGUUUUGCCACGUGGACGACGACAACUACGUGAACCCCAGAGGCCUGCUGCGGCUGCUCUCCACCUUCUCGCCCAGCCAGGACGUCUACCUGGGCCGGCCCAGCCUGGACCACCCCAUCGAGGCCGCCGAGAGGGUCCAGGGAGGGGGCACCGUGACCACCGUCAAGUUCUGGUUUGCGACGGGCGGAGCUGGCUUCUGCCUGAGCAGAGGCCUCGCUCUGAAGAUGAGCCCCUGGGCCAGCCUGGGCAGCUUCAUCAGCACGGCCGAGCGGGCGCGGCUGCCGGAUGACUGCACCGUGGGCUACAUCGUGGAGGGGCUGCUGGGCGCGCGCCUGUUGCCGAGCUCGCUCUUCCACUCCCACCUGGAGGACCUGCGGAGGCUGCCGCCUGACGCCGUGCUGCGGCAGGUCACCUUGAGCUACGGGGGUCCAGAGAACCCACAUAAUGUGGUGAACGUGGGAGGCUUCAGCCUGCAGCAGGACCCCACACGGUUCAAGUCUGUCCACUGCCUUCUCUACCCAGACACGGAUUGGUGUCCUAUGCACAAGCAAAGUGACCUCGUUGCUCGGUGACCCUGGACUCCCAACCCAGGGAGCAGGACCGUUGCUGACCUUUUCCGCCCUUGGCUCUCUUAGCUGGCCACAGCCAUGUCCAGGGAGAUGGGGGUGCUGCAGGCCUCCC